UGUUUUAGAAUCCUCUACUUAGCUUCAGGAGAGUACAUGUGUCUGAGCUACAGAGCUAUAACUCCCCCCAGUGACUCCUCACUGCAUCUGAGGACUGAGAGCCAGUGACCCAGAGUCUCAGAGCAGGAGUUCCCUAAAUCUGUAUUUCUGAACUAUAAUUUGUCAACUAAAAAUAUUUGUUCUUCAUGAUACACUUUUUGUUUAAAAACAAGAUACAGCAGCCCAAAUGUGGGGUGUUGUGUUCCAAUAGCGUUUUACUAAUACUCAAUGUGUUUCCUUAAAUGAACUCACUUGCCUAGUUUAACAGAGGACAUUGGAACCACACACAAAAACAAGAUUCAUGCUCAUAAAAGUAUCUGCCUAUUAAAAUCUAACAUAUUUGUCAUUUAUCCUGUUUGGAAAACAGUAUAACACUGUGUAACUUACUGAAUUUAUUUCAAGCGGUUGUUCUCUGCUAGUUUACAUCUCUAAAUAUGUUUAUAGCAUUUAGUUUUUUGUGUGCUUUUGUGAUUGGUGACACUUUUGACAAUUUCAUGAGACUGCCUUUGAUCAGAUUAUUUCAUUAACAAGAGUUUUGAGAAUUUAUCACAUGCAGGUUAUUGACAAUAGGGAGCUCCAUUGCAGAAAUGGAAAACCUGUAUAAUUACCUAGUAAGACAAAAAUAGUUGUGCUUUUUAAUUUUUUUUCUGGCAGUCUGGUACUGUGUGUUUCAGAAAUGCCAGAAAAGAUACCUGAGUUAAAUCAAAUUCUUUUUCUUGUUUGUGAAGCCAUGUACCUUGCAGUGAAAAGAGCUUGGAAGGCCUUGGUGCCAGAUGUGGAUGUCUAGGAAUCCUUGUGACAUAGAAUUUUGAAAGUUCUCUCUUCUGACCCCAGUUACUUCUUAAGUCGUUUGGGAAAAUCAAAUGAGACACGUGGAGUUUGUGUCCAGCCGUUGAGUUGGACAAACGCCUUCCAGAGACUCCCUUAGAGUCUUAGUACACAUCUGAGGUUAGCGCUAAACUCCUCCAGUGGAGCCCAUGACUUCUGACCAGGACGCUAAAGUUGUGGCUGAACCGCAGGCACAGAGAGUCCAGGAGGGCAAGGACAGCUCUCAUCUGAUGAAUGGUCCUAUAUCUCAGACCACUUCCCAGACAAGUUCCCUCCCAACUUUGAGUCAGGUACCACCAACUAAGGUUUCGGAGUUAAACCCCAACGCAAAAGUAUGGGGAACUCAUAUGCUGCCUUUGGAAGCAAGUAGCGCAGUGGACGGUGUGAGCGCAGCGUGGGAGGACUGCAGCCAGAGGGGAUUGGAUGCUAGUUGUGAUGGCGACAAGCGCUGUGAGAACGCAGCACUGCCAGAUGCGCAGGGGUCAGACCACACAGAUGUCAGCACCUUGGCUCCAGGUCCCACAGAGCACGAGCCUCAGCCUGAAAGCAGCGAAGCAGGAGGAAAUGAAUCUCAACCAGAAAGCCAGGAAGACCCCCGAGAAGUACUUAAGAAAACGUUGGAAUUCUGCUUAUCUCGAGAGAACCUUGCUAGUGACAUGUACCUGAUAUCACAAAUGGACAGUGACCAGUAUGUGCCAAUUACAACGGUGGCUAACCUUGACCACGUCAAGAAGCUCAGCACCGAUGUGGGUCUGAUCGUGGAUGUGUUGCGGUCUUUACCUUUAGUUCAAGUGGACGAGAAGGGAGAAAAAGUAAGGCCAAAUCAGAACCGCUGCAUCGUGAUUCUGCGAGAAAUCCCUGAGUCUACGCCCGUGGAAGAAGUGGAAGCUCUAUUUAAAGGAGAUAAUUUGCCGAAAUUUAUCAACUGUGAAUUUGCCUACAAUGACAACUGGUUCAUCACAUUUGAGACAGAAGCCGAUGCCCAGCAGGCUUACAAAUACCUUCGAGAAGAAGUUAAAACUUUUCAAGGAAAGCCAAUUAAGGCACGCAUAAAAGCAAAGGCAAUAGCUAUAAACACAUUUUUGCCAAAGAAUGGAUUCCGACCUCUGGACGCGAAUCUGUACACGCAGCAGCGCUAUGCGGCAUCCUUCUACUUACCGCCAGUGUACAGUCCCCAGCAGCAGUUUCCCCUAUAUGGGCUGAUUGCACCCCACACGUGGUCCGCAGCGCACAGCUAUCUCGACCCACCUUUGGUAACUCCGUUUCCAAAUACUGGAUUCAUAAACGGGUUUACGUCUCCAACAUUCAAGCCUGCAGCCUCUCCUCUGACUGCACUGAGACAGUACCCUCCCAGGAGCAGGAAUCCUAGUAAAUCUCAUCUGCGCCAUGCGAUUCCUAGUGCAGAGAGAGGACCCGGAUUAUUAGAAAGCCCUUCCAUAUUUAACUUCACUGCGGACCGAUUAAUUAAUGGUGUGCGGAGCCCACAGACGAGGCAAGCAGGUCAAGCCAGAGCACGGGUGCAGAACCCUUCAGCAUACACCAAGAGAGAGGCUGGCACCGGGCGCGUGGAGCCCAGCAGCCUCGAGUCUUCCCCUGGGCUAGGGAGGGGCAGGAAAAAUUCCUUUGGCUAUCGGAAGAAAAGAGAGGAGAAGUUUACAAACAGCCAGACACAGUCUCCAACGCCACCAAGGCCUCCAUCACCAAGCUUCGAACUGGGGCUGUCCAACUUUCCCCCGUUACCUGGAGCUGCAGGCAACUUGAAGACAGAGGACUUGUUUGAAAACAGGCUGUCUGGCUUGAUAAUAGGAUCAACAAAAGAAAGGAGCCUCAGUGCAGAUGCCAGUUCGAACACUGUCCCUGCAGCAGUCCCCAGAGAGCCCCUGGUGCCGGUUUCCUGUGCAGUGUCAGCAGCCUACGAGCGGCCCCCCUCCCCGGCCUGUCUGCCCGAGGACCCCAAGGCAGUGGAGAAGCAGCGGGAAGCCCAUGGUGGGGACAGACUCCCUUCCGCCUUCGCCACCACUGCGUGUAAAUCUGUACAGGUGAACGGAGCUGCCACAGAACUGCGGAAGCCCAGCUACGCAGAGAUUUGUCAGAGGACAAGUAAAGAGCCUCCUUCUUCCCCAUUGCAACCCCCAAGAGAACAGAAGCCCAACACUGUCAGCUGCGGGAAGGAGGACAAGCAGCUGGUAGAGCCCACGGAGAGACAAAGAGAGACCCCUGCCCUCAAGUCCACGCCUGCAGCCCCCAGAGACCAGAGGCGGCAGCCGGGGCGCCGGCCCUCGCCCCCAGCCCUCGGGAAGCGCCUUAGCAGGGAACAGAGCACUCCUCCCAAGUCCCCCCAGUGAGAGCCGACUGCGCGGAACACUUCCACUCAGCGCGUGAGUGAGUUGCUGGUUAGGAGCUUGCAGUGUUUGAGGCCUUGGGGAUCCUGCAAGUUAUUUUUCUUCUGUGAGUUGGAUUUUCCCCCUCUUGAGAAAAAAAAUCUAUUUUUCAGGAUUUAAUUAAUAUAAACCUUAUUUUAGGUUGGUGCUUAACUAGAGGUGAUGCAUAAGUCAGAUUUUUUUUUCCAGGAUAGAAAAUGCAUUUAUCCUAACAAAUUGGUAUUCUUUAAGCCUCCAUGUGGCUCUGAAUGCAAGCUGUAUGUAGUGAGUUUUUCUAAAUUAAGGGAGCUAUGCUAUGUUUUUCAGUGACUGGGCUGCAAGUGCACAUCUCUCAGCAGCCCGGCAGGUGGGUGAGGGGCUGCCCCGGCAGAGGAGGCACAGCCUCCUGGAGGAGGGGCUGCAGGGCAUGGGCUGUGCCUGCGUCCAGGCCGCCGGGUGCUCUGGCACUGAGAGUGCAGAGACCCCUUCCGAUGUGGUGGGCAAGACGCAGCUGCAGAGAGCACGGGGGCACCUGAGACCUUGAGCUUCGAUGUGCUGCAAGCAAGUAACCAGCUUCUCACUCCAGUUUCAAGUGGCUAUUAUGUAAAAUAAAUUCAAAGCACAUUGUGAAUAGAACCUAAAUGAAAAUAUAAACUUUAUUGCCCACUGACAUGUUACAGAAGUUGUACCACGAUGUUGUUCUGAUCCUAUGAGUUCCUGCGGCGACACCUGCUCCGUGCACAUUUCUGUCUCUGUCCCCAGCACUGGGUGGAGAGUUCACAGCCUGCCAGCUCCCCGUGGACAGCUCCCCGUGCUCUGCAUCGGCACAUGGUUCACGUCACGUGACCCUGAGUAUUGUUGGUGGCUUCCCCUCUUUGGCUGGUGGAGGACAAAACCCAGCUCUUUACCUUCAGGAUGAGGGUCUCGGUGAUUCACUUCUAGAAGUGCUGCACUUCUGAAGAAAAGGAUGCACUAGGGUUAGCAAGUUUGUAAUAAAGUUAAAUAUAAAUUAUUUUGUUUUAAAAUGCCUAAAAUCCUUCUUUAAGUAUUCUAAGCAGCAAACAUUAAAAUAAGAAUAUUUCCUGCUAAAUGUAACCAUACAGUUUAUUCCACAAGAUGUUAUUUAACAAGACUGAGGGUUUUUUUUUUUUUUUUAAAGAAAAAAAAAUAUUUCCAUCCAAUAUUUAAAGACUUGAAUUUUAUUUAAACUUGAAAAUGACUUUGCCUUAACUUUGUAUGAGACAGCUUCGAGUUGGUGGAGCCUGUCCGGGCUGUCGGCCAGCUGCUCGGCGUGUGGGUCUGCGGCCAGCCUCCUGGUGAGCGCUCUGUGGUGCAGGAACGAGCAGUCGUCUUUGUAACAUACCUUAGAGAGUUCACACAGUUGAUCUUUUUUCAGAUUGUUGAAAAAUCCUGUAAAUGAAUGAGUCGAUACUGUAUUAAAUAUGUGCACUCGGGAGUGUGCUCCGCUUGUACAGUUGUAAAUAAUCAGAACAUAUUAAAAAGGUACCUACAGAGAAAAAUCUGAUAAAAAUUAUUGAUAUAUUAUAAAUGUUGCUGUUGCGCUGGAUGUAGAUAAACUAAAUGUUGUGGUUUGAAUAUUAUUUUAAUUUGUUGAGAUUAUUUUUCUUUUUCUCUGAUACUGGUGUGUGGAACUGAUGCUGCCUCUUUGCUGCCAAAGGGAAAUGGAAAGUCUCAUUAAAGCCUCACGUGUCUUGUGCUCCUUCAAGGGUGCAAGUACAGACCCCUUAUAAUGCAUGUGAAAGGUUUUAAAGUAUGACACAGAAAGCAAAAAUUGGCAGGAUCUUCAGCUAAAGGUAGAAAAUAAUCAUAUCCGUUGCCACUAUUUAAACAUACAGAAAUACACACAGUGCUGAUGUUUUUUAGAUACCCGUUAAAGGAGGGAAUUUAUAUCUUUGUAGUUGUCAGAUCACUGACCAAAAAAUCAGAAUAAUUGACCUCUGAAGCCCAAACUCACAGAUGCUGUAAGAGCUGGGAAGGCGCCUCAGGCCUAGGCCCUCAUGGGGUGUCUUCGCUGGGGGCCUGGGCACCACCUCCUUCCCAAAUCAGGGUGCCUCCCACCUGCCAAGCAAGUCCCUGGCUUUUAAUAAUGAGAAACCCUUUCCCCCAGGUCUGAGCGUCGCAGCACAGGGAGUGAGCUGAGGGCUGUUAGCGUCUAGGCCAUAGAGUAGCUCCUGCCCAGCCAGUGGCAGCCUAAGAGCUGAGCGUCAGAGCUGCAGCCCUACUCUGUGUGAUUUUUAUAGCAUUCUUUUUAAUUAAGCAAAGGCGACAUGCCAAAUAGCUAUAUGAUGUCAAAAAAAAACUUUCUGGUAUUUGAGAUUCUCCCCUUAGAAGACAAGAGGAGUUACUGCGCAGGAAGUGUGGUAUGCCAGCAGACUGCUGCCUCCUGCAGUGGUGACAGUGGCUUUCACACAUUUUUGUAAAAGUUAACUCUUUCUUGUCCCCCAGCAAUGACGAAUGACAUCGUAACUUGUAAAAUCGUGUGAUGGUCUUUGCCCUGUGGAGCUAGUACAGUGAGAACCAGGCCCUGCUCCUCCAAGCAUGUAUCCCAGGAGGAAGAGCCACACGUUCCUGCCUUCCUCAGACUCCUGUCGCCAUGUCACUGGUCAUCACUGGCGGGGAUGGGACGUGUCUUCUCUGCUGUGUGGUCAGGGUCCUACAGUUUGUGAAAAGCCGGCUCUGCACGUCCAGGAAACAGAUCUCGGGUUGUGCCUGCCGGGUGCCCCUCGGCAGGCUGUGGUCACUGUGCUAGCACCGGGGUGCAGGGGCACCAGCCUGGAGACUGACCACGUGCCGGCCACCAGGUCACAAGUGGAGUGUGAUGUGGACGUGUCCCAAGGGUUUUUGUUUCUGUUUUCAUUGAGACUGGAAUCAAGCUUACGUGUAACUAUUGGUAAUUUAAGUUUCCUUUUGUGUCAUUCAGUGUAAAAAUGUCUAAUUUGAAAAAAAUGUAGGUUAUGAAAAAUAAAGAUUUAGGCACUGUUCAA